GUCAUAGACGGGAAAAUUUUAUUUGCACAUAUAAAUACGCCUCAUGUGCAAACAUAUGCUUCCACAGUUCCACGGGAGAUCAAUGUGCGUAAUGGUCCGGAUUAGUUCAAUCUGUAAAAUAUGCGUUGCAAAUUUGCAAUGGUGGCUUCAAUUUAUUUAUUUUAAAUUUUUUUGGGUUUUAUUUUUUAUGGCGUUGUGGAGAAGGAAAUGAAAAACCUGAGGAGAUAUUGGAGACUAAAUGUUGGUUUUGGUCUUCAUCGUAGAUUCUUUUCAGUCUUAGCCAAUGCCAGAUGUCAGAGCUCAAACCCAGAACCGGAAGACCUUGUUUAUGUAGGUACAAGUACAACUGCUACUACUAGGCAUGUUUCGAGUUUGCAUGGACUCGUGCAGUUAUGUGCAAGAGCGAGAGCAAACAUGGAAGGGAAGGCUUGCCAUGCACAGGUUAUUCGUGUUGGGUUGCAAGCAGACACUUUAACGUCAAACAUGCUAAUUAAUAUGUAUUCGAAAUGCGGAUUGGUUGGCUGUGCUCGUAAAGUGUUUGAUGAAAUGCUGGAACGAAGCUUGGUUUCAUGGAAUACGAUGAUUGGGUCGCUUGCUCAAAAUGGUGAGGAGCAGGAAGCUCUUGGUCUUUUUGUUGAGAUGCAAAGAGAAGGAACCCAAUGUAGUGAAUUCACUGUUUCGAGUGUUCUUUGUGCUUGUGCUGCAAAAUGUGCUGUGUUUGAGUGUAAACAGUUACAUUCUUUUGCUAUUAAGGCUGCAAUGGAGUCUAAUGUGUUUGUGGGAACUGCAUUGCUUGAUGUUUACGCCAAGUGCAGUUUGAUAAAGGAUGCAAGCUGGGUUUUCGAGUGCAUGCCAGAGAGGAGUGACGUUACUUGGAGUUCAAUGGUGGCGGGGUAUGUGCAAAAUGGCCUUCAUGAAGAAGCUUUGGGGCUGUUUUGCCGAACUCAAAUGAUGGGGUUGGAGCAGAACCAGUUUAUGAUUUCAUCUGCUAUUUGUGCUUGUGCGGGUCUGGCAGCUCUGAUUGAAGGGAAGCAGCUGCAUGCCGUGUUAUGUAAAAGUGGAUUUGGUUCAAACAUGUAUGUUGUUUCCUCUCUUAUAGACAUGUAUGCCAAAUGCGGUUGCAUUCGAGAAGCUAAUGUUGUAUUUCAAGGGGUGGAAGAGGGGAGCAUUGUUCUAUGGAAUGCAAUGAUUUCUGGGUUUGCUAGACAUGCUCACUCCCUAGAGGCAAUGGUUUUAUUUGAGAAAAUGCAGCAGAUGGGUAUGUAUCCAAAUGAAGUAACAUACAUUGCCGUCUUAUCUGCAUGUAGUCAUAUGGGUUUGGUUGAAAAAGGACGGAAGUAUUUCCAUCUUAUGAUAAGGGAGCACAGAGUGUUACCCAAUGUCUUUCACUAUUCAUGCAUGGUUGAUAUUUUUGGUCGGGCAGGGUUGAUUUGUGAAGCUUAUGACUUGAUAGAGAAGAUGCCGUUUGAUGCGACUGCUUCAAUGUGGGGUUCACUUUUGGCUUCUUGCAGAGUCCAUGGAAAUCUUGAAUUGGCUGAGGUUGCAGCUAAGCAUUUGUUUGAGAUGGAACCCAAUAAUGCAGGAAAUCAUAUUUUGCUUUCAAACAUUUAUGCAGCGAACAGAAAGUGGGAAGAAGUUGCGAGGGCAAGGAAGCUUCUUAAGGAAAGUGAGGUGAAGAAGGAGAAGGGUAUGAGUUGGAUUGAAAUAAAGGACAAAGUUCAUUCAUUUAUGGUUGGAGAGAUAAAUCAUCCUAAAAUUGCUGAGAUUUACUUUAGGUUAGAUGAUUUGGUUAAAAAGUUGGAGAAGCUGGAUUACAAGGCCGAGACUAAACAUGACCUUCAUUAUGUGGAAGAGAGCAGAAAACAGCAACUUUUGAGACACCACAGCGAGAAGCUUGCUCUUACUUUUGGGCUGAUGUGCUUACCUCAGAAUGCGCCUAUCAGAAUUAUGAAGAAUCUCAGAAUCUGUGGGGAUUGUCAUUCUUUUAUGAAGGCUACAUCAAAUUUUACAGGGAGAGAGAUCAUUGUUCGAGAUACAAAUCGUUUUCACCAUUUUGAGAGUGGCUGUUGUUCUUGUGGAGAUUUUUGGUGAACUGCUGAUUAACUUACCAUCUUAUGUCUUAUGAUCUGUAUCACUGUCGGGGGUUUACACAUUUCGUCUGCUGCCUUGGGAUGGGCCCAAGUGUUUGAAGCGAAGGUUCUGAAGAUCAAGUUCAGUGAACGUUAACCCAAUUUUCAGGAUGCCACAGAUAAACUUUUGGUCCACUACACUGGGAUAUGGUUUCCUUCAUCUAAAAAUGCUGUUUUGAGCAUGUUGGAGGCGUUGGUGAUGUUGUCACUAGUCUAUCUGAUGCUGUUCAAGAUCUGAACCACAAAGUGGACAUUAUUCUUCCAAAGUAUGGCUGUUUGGACGUUAGCAAUGUAAGCUUCAUUGCUGUUGCUUUGGUCCAUAUAUAAUGUCUUAUGUCUUACUUCUUUGUGCAAGAUGUUUAUUCUCUGUUUCUCAAGUUUUGGGUUUUUCUCUCUUGACUUCGGUUUUUCUGUAGGUUUUACUUGUGGUGGUUUAGCUCUCU